GCAAGGAGCUCCUGCCUCCUAUAAGGCAGGUGCACCACCCCUCACUUUCUGCCAGUGGCUGAGCUGCUGCUGGGGUCCCGGGGCUCUGGUCUGUGGCCAGGGGCUGUUCCAGGCUGGCAGGCGACUGGGCUCGUGCUCCAGGCAGGCAGCAGCUCCAGAUGCCGUCGAGACGCACAGGGCCCAGCCAUGGGAGUCGAGCAGGCAGUGUUGGCGCCAUGUGGGCUACCUGUGCCAGUGUCCUGGGCUGGCUCCUGCUGGUCCAGGUGGCUCCUGAGGCAGCAGGCAGCCACCCCUGCAAUGCCCGCAACUUCGGGCAUGGCUUGCUGGUGUGCGAGUGCAGUGCCACAUACUGCGAUACGCUGGACCCUGUCACCCUUCCGCCUGCCGGCACCUUCCUCAUGUACGAGAGCAACAAAGCUGGCAAGCGGCUGGAGCGCAGCAAGGGCGGGGUGCAGAGGAGCCUCACGGACCCAGGCUUCCGUCUCACCUUGAACACCACGGAGCGGUACCAGAAGGUGAAGGGCUUUGGCGGCUCCAUCACAGACUCAGCCGCAAUCAACAUCCUGUCCCUGUCCCAGGAGGCCCAGAACAAGCUGUUGCGGUCCUACUUCUCUGAGGAAGGCAUUGAGUACAACCUCAUCCGUGUGCCCAUGGCCAGCUGUGACUUCUCCGUCCGGCUCUACACGUACGCGGACAUGCGGGGGGACUUCGCCCUCAAGCACUUCAGCCUGACCGAGGAGGACACCAAGAUGAAGAUCCCAAUCCUUCAGCACGUGCAGGCCAUGUCCCGGAAGCCAGUCUCGCUCUAUGCCAGCCCCUGGACCUCCCCGACCUGGAUGAAGACCAAUGGGGCCAUGACUGGCAGGGGCACGCUGAAGGGGAAGCCAGGCGACAAGUACCACAAGACUUGGGCCAACUACUUCAUCAAGUUCCUGGAUGAAUACGCCAAGCACAACCUGACGUUCUGGGCAGUGACGUCCGGGAAUGAGCCCACAGCCGGGGAGAUCGUCUUCUACCCCUUCCAGUGCCUGGGCUUCUCCCCUGAGCACCAGCGGGACUUCAUUGCCCGUGACCUGGGCCCCGCGCUGGCCAACAGCUCGCACAAGGGCAUCCAGCUCAUCAUGCUCGAUGACCAGCGCAUGAUGCUGCCCUACUGGGCUGAGGUGGUGCUCAAGGACCCAGUGGCUGCCAGCUAUAUCAAUGGCAUCGGCAUCCACUGGUACCUGGACUUCCUGGCACCCAUUGACCUCACAUUGUCCAUGACCCACCAUCUCUUCCCCAACUACUACCUCCUGUCCACCGAGGCCUCCACGGGCUCCUACUUCUGGGAGCCCCGGGUGAUCCUGGGGGGCUGGGACCGUGGCAGCAAGUAUAGCCACAGCAUCCUGACGAACCUGAACAACUACGUCACGGGCUGGACCGACUGGAACCUGGCGCUGGACCUGGAGGGUGGCCCCAACUGGAGCAAGAACUACGUGGACAGCCCCAUCAUCGUAGACAGCAGCAAGGACCUCUUUUACAAGCAGCCCAUGUUCUACCACAUGGGCCACUUCAGCAAGUUCCUGCCCGAGGGCUCACAGCGUGUGGGGCUGGCCGCAGAGCAGAAGUGCUACCAGUGCGAACUGGAGUACUCAGCCUUCCUGCGCCCCGAUGGUGCCGCUGUGGUCGUGGUGCUGAACAGGACCCCCAAGGACAUAUCCUUUGUGAUCUCUGACCCUGGCAUUGGCUUCAUUGAUGCAAAGGCUCCAGCCGACUCCGUCCAGACCUACCUGUGGAUGCGGCAGAAAGGGGACCCAGGAAGGCCCCCCCAGGGUCCCCAGGUAUAGGGGGAGGAAGAAGGUGCCCCCCUACACUGAAACCCCUCAACGCGUUUGCCCCAUCCCUCCAGGGAGGGGCUUGGGGAUGGGCCCCACGGAGCUGCCAUGUCACCUGUUAGCUUUCUGCCCACAGGUGGGGGGCCUGAAUGACCCAGGGGUGCUGCUAGGAGGGCCCCAAACUGUGAGGGCCACGAUGCCCACUCUUUUCUAGACAUUUUCAUAAAAUAAACUGGUUUUUGCACUGCA